AUGGCCAAAAUGAAAGAAAUCUACGCCUCGUCAGCUCUGACAAUUGUCGUUGCGGCUGCGGAAGGCAUCUUUGGAGGUUUCCUCUAUCCUCGCGUACAACAGGAAGCUCUUCACACUAUACCCGUUCGAAUCCGGCCCGGCUUUUUUGGUAUUAUAUAUAUUACUGGCAUUGCUUCUCAUCCUUCGUUCUGUAAUGCACUUGGGCCUGGCUACUUCGCUGGGCAGUGGCAGUACAAUCUCGCAAGACAACUCACAUGGCGCACAUCAUCUCGGCACAGGACAAUACCUGAAAAUGAGAAUCACGCUCUCCAUAGGUCUCUCCAGUACCGGGCUCCUUCUUGGUCAUGGGCGAGUCUUGAUGGUGGAAUCAUCCAUUUUGACUUUUCUUAUGACGACGAAGACAAAGCUGCUCCGACCAUGAUCUGUGAUAUACUAGGUCGUCUGACAACACCGGCAUACCUCGGGCUGAAACCAUUCGGAGAAAUAUCGUCAGCACAGGUGAAAUUGCAUAGUCCUGUUAGGGUGGCCUGGUUCAACCCCUCCACGUCCAAUAUCUUCCUGCUUUCUGAAUCCACAUUCGCGAAGUCCAAAUCACUGGCCCCGGAAAAUGAGGCAAUCACGUUUGAAGAAACUUGGCAACAUCAUAUGAACGAGUUCAUCUUGAAGCAUCCUGACGUCGAUAUCAGCGGCGACGAGUCAGAGGCUACACACGGCACAGACUUUCGCAAUAUGUGUGGUACACAUGAUGAGAUAGGAUGCUAUGGGUCCUUUUUGGUCUUAUGUGUGGCUAUCACUAUGGAAAAUCUCACUUUAUAUCCAUAUGAGCUUGAGUGGGUAUAA